GACGCGAGAAGAGACAUGGCUCAGGAGAUUCGGGACCUUGGUGGUACGCCCCUCGCUCGGCCACCUUGUGGCUUCCCGGGGGAUUCCGCAUUUCCCGAGAGUUCCCCUCCAGGAAGGACAGAGGACGUUUGAUUGCCUGCUGGAGCCAAGGCUGCGGAGCCCCGAUCCUAGCCAUUUUCCUUCCUUCGAUGUGACCUUUGGGGACCUUCACUACCCAAUCAGAGCUAAGAAAAGCUAGGAGAAGGGCGGGCCUGGGAACCCAGGAGGGAGCCAAAGGGGUGGAGCCUAAGUGAGGAGUGGCGUGAUUGCCCUGCCUUCAAGAAAGGCUUGGGGUGAGACUGAAGGCCCCGCCCCUGGGCUCGGGCUCUUACCCCCUCCCUCCUAGCUGGAGCUGGGGCUAGAGCUCCCAGCACAACCUACGAGCUGGAGCCUCCACAAUCCUCGCUGGAGCUGGCCUCUGAGCAGCUGAGCAGCGCUUCCGGGCCACCGGCGCUCGGCCCCGCUCCGCCCCCCAAGCCCAGGGAACCACAGUCUCCUUUGGCGGAAGAGGCCCCCGGCCCCGGGGCCACCCCGCUCCCCGAGCCCAGAGAACUCCACUUUCCUUUGGCGGAAGUGGCCCCCGGCCCCGGGGCCACCCCGCUCCCCGAGCCCAGAAAACCGCAGCUUCCUUUGGCGGAAGUGGCCCCCGGCCCCGGGGCCAACCUGCUCCCUGAGGCCACCCCACUCCCCGAGCCCAGAGAACUCCACUUUUCUUUGGCAGAAGUGGCCCCUGACGCAGGGGCCACCCCGCUCCCCGAGCCCAGAAAACCGCAGCUUCCUUUGGCGGAAGUGGCCUCCGGCCCCGGGGCCACCCCGCUCCCCGAGGCCACCCCACUCCCCGAGCCCAGAGAACUCCACUUUCCUUUGGCGGAAGUGGCCCCCGGCCCCGGGGCCACCCCACUCCCCGAGGCCACCCCACUCCCAGAGCCCAGAGACUUUCCUUUGGCGAAAGUGGCCCCCGGCCCCGGGGCCACCCCACUCCCCGAGCCCAGAGAACCCCACUUUCCUUUGGUGGAAGUGGCCCCCGGCCCCGGGGCCACCCCUCUCCCUGAGCCCAGAAAACCCCAUUUUCCUUUGGCGGAAGUGGCCCCCGUCCCCGGUGCCACCCCUCUCCCCGAGCCCAGAAAACCCCAUUUUCCUUUGGCGGAAGUGGCCCCCGGCCACGAGGCCUCCCGUCCCGAGGCCGCCAUGCCCGAUUUCCUGGUGUCGGCCCUGCUGGCACCCUCGCGGGCUACGCUGAGGCUGAUCCGGUUCUUCAUGUGGAUCCUGCUGUACUGGGGCGCGUGCUUGGCAGCCCUCGUGUAUUUAGCCAAGGCCCUGGGCCAUGUGCUGCGGCACCCGGAUCGAGGCUGCUGCGGCCAGCCCCACCACAAGGCCCCGACGUGCCUCCAAGACCCCUGCUUCGGGGAGCACCACUUCCUUAUUCUCAAGACCUCUGGCCUGCGUCUGCAUUACGUCUCUAGGGGUCGAGGGCCACUGAUGCUGCUCCUCCAUGGCUUCCCUCAAAUCUGGUUCUCCUGGAGAAACCAGCUUAUGGAGUUCUACCAUGAUUUCUAUGUGGUAGCGCUGGACUUGAGAGGCUACGGGAGCUCAGAUUCACCUACCAACCUGAACAGCUACACCAUUGAUGCCCUGACAACAGACAUCAAAGAUGCUAUUGAAGCCCUCGGUUACUCCAAAUGUGUCCUGGUGGCCCAUGACUGGGGUGGAAUCUUGGCCUGGAAUUUCGCCGUCUACUAUCCGAGUUUGAUAGAACGGCUGGUGAUUGUGAGUGCUGCCCCUAUGUUUGUUUACCAAGAGUAUGCCCUGCACCAUCCCAGCCAGCUCUUUCGCUCUGGUUAUGUGUUCCUGUUUCAGCUACCCUGGUUGCCUGAGAAGCUGCUUUCUAUCUCUGACUUUCAGAUCCUGAAGGACACCAUGACCGAUCCUGUGACUGGAAUCCAUGACCUUACAGAUGAUGAACUAGAGGCCCUCCUGUUCAGCUUCACCCAGAACCAAGGCCUCCUUGGCCCCAUCAACUACUACCGCAAUCUUUUCAGUCACUUUCCGUUAGAGCAUCAGGAGCUGACAACACCAACAUUGUUGUUAUGGGGGGAGAAAGACCCAUACCUGGAGAGUGGACUUGUGGAUAGUAUUAGCAGACACUUUGUGCCAGGCCGCCUGCAGUCCUAUGUCCUGCCUGAUGCUGGCCACUGGAUCCCCCAGGCACAACCAGAGCAGAUGCACCACUACAUGUGGACCUUUUUAAAGAGGUUCAAGGUGUAGUCAUGAUUCUUCCUUCAGAUAUGAACAUUCUGGUUUUCUGCUCCCACCACGGCCCACUCAGGACAAGGGAAGAAAUGGAGCAGUAUUUGAAACAAGCCAGCUUUUGACUGGAAUGUGGAAGCAUCCUCCCUCUCUAACUCCUGUGGUUUAUGCUCCUUUCCACAUUUACCCAGAAGUGCGAACCUAAUCAUCCCCACCCCAAAUAUUUACAUUGUCCUUCCUCUCUCUCUCCCCUCAAUUCCUGGCUGGCCCCAGUUGAACCCCUAUUAAAUUCUGGAAUCUCUUUUCUCACCGCUACAGAGAAAGGAUCCCCUGUGGAAAGAAAGGGGUUAGUGUAGCUGUGUACACAGAAAUAAAUCUCCCAUUCCCUGCCCUGCUGUGCCUUUUUCCUUCUGUCUAGGGCCUCAGGUCAAGGACAGUUUGGGAUCAGGGAUGGGGGUUCUUCCCAAUGUCUCUACCUUGCUCUUUGAGACAAUAAGAAAUGGCCUUUAAGAACUCCCCCUCCCGUGGAAGUAGAAGGAAUGGUAAUAGAAAGCCACAUGUGGAAGAGGGGACUGUGGAGUGGGGUAGAGAAAAGGAUGGAUUAAUGUCAGCGAUAGGAGUGAAUUGAAAACACUUGGGGCCCUUGGUCACCUUGAUUAUGUCAUUUACCAUUGAAAUGAUGGUUAGGUGACAGAACAGGGCUAGAAGGUAAUGAAAUUACCACAAAAAGGUAUUUGAGCUUAAUGGGAAGAAAAAUAAGGUGAGAAGUAUCUAAGUUACCUGAAAUUCUUGCUUGAGAACUUCACCCACACAAGAGUCUAGAGCAGCUCUUGUUUCUAUUAGGUCUUGACAGAAAAGUGCUGUUUUACAGUGAAGGGCAGCUGAAGUAAGGUUCUCAUCAUGAAAAUCAUAUUAUGAGCCCACCACAAUAAACUCAGCCUCAUUUAAGCACUCAUAGGACAAGAAAUGGGCGUGGUAAAUAUUUGCCAUUAGAGCUUUCAGGCCUGCCGACAAAAGUGACAAAGGACUUGAAGACCUUGUUUCAAGCCAGUAUGGAAGACAAGAUUUUUGCAUUGAUCUGAAGAAAGUGCACAGUGUACCAAGUAGCCAUAUAUGUUUCCACAAAAUACAAAUUGUUCUGUGUCAUAGAGGAGAUGAAAAGGCUGGAGGAAAGCACCUCCACUCUUCAAGUUUCAGGAAGAAUGAAGUCUUCCUUGAAAGAGUGGAAGAAAUACUUCCAAGAAGAAACACAAAGGAAUACCAAUGAUCUUCAGAAAGUUUCAAGGUGGAGGAAUGAUAGAAGAGAAGGGUCACAAUGAUGACUGGUACCUUUUCCCAUAGAGGAGACAGCUGGACCAUCUUAGGAGGAAGCCAUUUCUUGUGCUCCAAGUGAUUGAUACUACCUGGAGAGAGAUUUUCUAGUAGUUGUGCUUGAUGAAUAUCUUCUUGGAGAGGAGUUGUCCUCUUUACAUAAACAGUAGAGAAGUCUGCAGUCUUCAUGAGUUAUGGAUUUAGAAAUGUUCUAAGAUAUGGCAGCACUGAUGGCCAGUACCCACUCCUGGCAGUUUAUGUGGGAAUAAAUGGUACUUUAACAAUGAACCUAAAAGGCAUUCCUAAAGAUUAUAUAGUCUCCUACAGUAAAGUGAAGAGUUUAGAGGCACAAGUUGUGUCUUUAUCACGGUUGCCAAGGGAUCAGUAUUGGAGCAGCAGAGGCAAAACAGAGGUGCUCCCUUGUCUCUUGCAAACUGGAAGUGAGUUCUACCAUCCCUUGCUUGUUUACAGAAUCAUGGAUUCUACUGCUACUGUCUCAGAUGGAGUAAUUAAGGUGUUCAGUGACAUGAGAGUCCACAAGUCUUCAGUGCCAGAGAAAGUAAAAAAAAAAAGUGAAGGAAAGACAAGAACAUUGUGCUAGAGUAGGGUCAAGAGGCCCUUGUAGGUAAUUUACAUGAGGCAAACUGCACUAAUCCACUUUUAUCAAGAUUCUGCCAAACAAGGCUUAUCAUGCACUUUAUGAUACCAUCUGUGAGACCAAGGAAAAUGAGAAAGAGGCCCUGGUAUUCAUCAUCUGGGCCCCUGAGUGUCCACCCCUCAAAAGCAGACUCAUCUGUGUUCAAGUUCAAGGAUGCCAUCAAGAAGAAUUGACUGAAUUUUUACGUUUUUAAUUGCCAGUCGAAGGUAGGGGCUUCUGAAGAGAAUCUGAUCGAAGGAGACACACACCCAACUAAGCAAAUGGAAUCUGAGAAUGGAAUUCUAAUUCCUUGAUCAUGGCUUAAACUAGAGGAUGGAUAAUCUAUUCACCAGGGAUGGAACUACACCUAAUAUUAAUAGAAAAUGUUUUCGGCCAAAGUAUUGUGAAUCUCAUCAAGAUAGCUUUAAACUAAAAAUGGAUAAGAGGGAGAAAACUUCAUGCAUAUGUCAAGCCAGCAAUAAGACCCAUGGCUCUUGGUGACAAUAUAUAAAUGUAAAAGUAUGGAUAAAUUAUAGGGUGAACUAGAAAUCCUAAUACAGGGAGGUAAAUUUAAUUUCAUAGGUGUCACUGAGACUUGGAAAAUGAAAGUCAUGACUAGAAUGUGACUCUGGAAGGGUGUACUAAUACUAAAAAAAAAAAUACAGCAUCAGAACAGUAUAAAUGCUUUAAAUAUUAAGAAUAUAUGUUUGUGUAAAGGAAUCUAGGAACCCAAGUUGGUAAAUCAUACUGGAAUGCAUUUGGGUGAUAAGUGUAAGAAAAAUUGAUGUUGUGAGAGUGUACUAUAAGCCACCUGGAGAGAAGGAAAAAGUUUUGGAAACAAAGGCCUAACAGUAAAGCCUGAUGCAGUAAUGUGAGACUUCAAGUCUGGACAUCUGCUGAAGCUCUCUGCCAAAAGUUAUGUGUUAUACAUUCUUGACUUGCUUUAAUAGUGAUAAUUUCAUUCUUGAAAAGGUGGAGGAAGUAGGAACUACUUUUCCAGAGCUAAUUCUGGCCAGGAAGGAAGAAUAGGUUUUUUAAAAUGGAAAUGGACCUGGAGAGAGCAAGUAAUCAUCUUGGAAUUUAUGAAAAGGAAGGGAAGUUAAUGGCUACAGUUUUAUAUAUACCUUAAAUUUGAGAAGGGUGAGUUUUCAGAAAAAGUAAAGUCAGGAUCCAAUGUUCUUAAAUUCUACAAAGGAAUUUAGCUUAAGAAAUAGGAAAUUCUGAUGACAAAGAAUUCUCAUGAUGAGGAAAAAUAACUGUGGGAGGGACUGUUAAAAGAUUUUAAGUUCUUUGUGCAAGGCACUGAGCUAAACACCAAACUAUAAAAAGAAUAUAUCAUUCCACAGAGCUCGUUGACCAGCUUUGAUUUUUA